UUCUUUUAUCCAUCCCCAAUGUCCCCCAGGUCAUAAAAAACUUCAAACAUGGGGAAGUUCUCUUUUUUCUUCCUAUGUUCUCUCUCUCUUCUGUUUGUCUUCCUCAGUCUUACAACGCCAAAUACUGUGGUGGCUCUGCCACUUUCCACCAAUUCACGGUGGAUCGUGGAUGAAUCCGGGCAACGCGUGAAGCUCGCCUGCGUGAAUUGGGUGUCACACCUCGAAGCCAUGGUGGCCGAAGGCCUUAGCAAACAGCCGGUCGACUCGAUUUCGAAGAAGAUUGUGGACAUGGGAUUCAAUUGUGUUAGGCUCACUUGGCCACUUUUCUUGUUCACCAAUGACUCCUUGGCUUCUCUCACAGUUAGGCAGUCAUUCCAGAGCCUUGGGUUGAUUGAAUCCGUUGCAGGUUUUCAAGCCAACAAUCCCUCCAUCGUUGACCUUAGCCUCGUCAAUGCUUACCAGGAAGUGGUAUCUAGCCUAGCAACCAACAAUGUGAUGGUGGUACUAGACAACCACAUAAGCAAACCAGGCUGGUGUUGUAGUAACUUCGACGGCAAUGGCUUCUUUGGUGACCAGUACUUUAGCCCUGACGUCUGGCUCAAUGGUCUAACAAAGGUAGCUACCCUGUUCAAUGGCAUUUCCAAUGUGGUCGCCAUGAGCUUGAGGAAUGAACUCCGAGGGGCCAAACAGAAUGUUACUGACUGGUACAGGUACAUGCAAAAAGGAGCCGAGGCAGUGCACGCAGUAAACCCAGAUGUCCUUGUUAUUCUCUCUGGGUUGAAUUACGACAAAGAUCUCUCGUUCCUUCUCAAGAGACCGGUGAACUUGUCGUUCUCCGACAAGCUAGUUUUCGAGGUGCAUUGGUACAGUUUCGCUGACUCGAAGGCUUGGGAAACCGGCAAUCCUAACGAAGUGUGUGGGGAGGUGGUCAAUAACUUGAUGAGGAGAGCAGGUUUUGUGUUGGACCAAGGGUACCCCUUGUUUGUGAGUGAGUUUGGGGUAGACCAAAGGGGUACUAAUGUGAAUGACAAUAGGUACUUGAAUUGCUUCAUGGGUGUGGCAGCUGAACAUGACUGGGAUUGGGCACUGUGGACAAUGGUGGGGAGUUAUUAUUAUAGAGAAGGGGUGAUUGGAAUGAAUGAGUUCUAUGGCAUUUUGAAUUGGAAUUGGUGUGAAGUUCGCAAUUCAAGCAUGUUGGAUAGGAUCAGUACUCUCCAAUCUCCUUUUCAAGGACCAGGUCUUUCAAGAGCUCGUCCAUACAAAAUUAUUUUCCAUCCUCUAACAGGCCUCUGCGUCAAGAGAAAUUCUCUGUUUGAACCAUUGUAUCUAGGUCCAUGCUCUGAGGCCGAGGCUUGGAGCUACACUACUCAGAAAACACUAACAAUAAAGGGAACAUAUUUUUGCCUGCAAGCAGUAGGGUUGGGGCAGCCAGCAAAACUGGGAAUAAUAUGCACAGAUAGUAGUUCAAAAUGGGAAACCAUUUCCAACUCUAAGAUGCACCUCACAUCGAAGCUCGACGAUGGCACUACCGUCUGCUUAGAUGUAGAUUCCAGCAACACUCUUGUUACUAAUGCCUGCAAAUGUUUGAGCAGAGAGAACUCGUGCGAUCCGGGAAGCCAGUGGUACAAAAUUGUUAACAGUACUAGAAGUAUGGAUAGUACAAAAUCAUUUCUGUCCAUUGGAUCGAUAGUGGAUUCAAUUGUAAAGAACUUCUUUGGAAUAUAGAAGUUCCAAAUUGACAGGAGCAGCUAGUGAAGCCUUCAGAUAAGGAACCAAAGCUUUCUUAACCGAAAGCUUCUAUGUAGUUCAUGGAUUAUUCUUUGAACACUGUAAAGAACUAAUACGAAGUAAAAAGCUUACUGAUCAUUCGAAGGGACUUUGCCAUUACAGUGAUUCUUUGCAGCAAGGAGAAGUAAAGGAUAUGGACUAAUCGGG